ACUACUACUACUACUACUACUACUUCCAAAUCAAAGUUCAAGCUCUGAAAAAAUCAAACUACAUUUCCUUCCAAUUUAUUAUUAUUAGGGUUUAUUAUCAACAUGGCAAGCUCUAUAGUUCUUAAGGUGGUUUCCAUGGUGGUGAUGUGCAUGGUGUUGGGUGCACCAAUUGCUCAGGCCAUAACAUGUGGCCAAGUUAGCACCAGCCUUGCACCAUGCAUAAACUAUGUCAAGUCCGGUGGAGUCAUCCCUCCCGGCUGCUGCAGCGGGAUUAAGUCGUUGAACGACGCUGCUAAGACCACCGCCGACCGCAAGGCCGCUUGCAGUUGCUUGAAAACAGCUGCUAGUAACAUUCCUGGACUCAACCCUAACCUUGUUGCUGGACUCCCCGGCAAAUGCGGUGUCAACAUUCCCUACAAGAUCAGCACCUCCACCAACUGCGACACCGUGAAGUGAAGUCGUUUGGACGAGCAAAUUUUCAGCUAGGGAAUGAUAUAUAGUUGCGUCAGAACUAGGGUAUAAUAUAUAGUUGCGUCAGAAUAAAGUUUGGGUGGUCAUAUAUAUAGUCAUAUAUAUGCAUGUCCAUGUGUCUUAUUAUGGCUCCUCGUGAGGGCGUCAAUCGUCUUAUUAUGUUGUCAUUAUCAGCCAUGCAUAUCUAUAAAAUAAUUCUAAUACUUUUGUGUGGUUAA